AUGGUAGAAGUUCAUGAAAUAAAUAAUCAAGACCCAAUUUUGACGAAACAAAAACCAUGGUAUGAAUGUGGAGAAUGUCAUGAAAAAUUUAAGCAUCAAAUGUCAUUAAAAGCACACAAAGAAAGAGUACACGAAGGGAGAGUAGAUCCGAUUUAUCAGUGUGACAUAUGUAAUGCUACAUAUAGAGUAAAACAACUUUUAGUAAAUCACAUUAAAAGUAAACAUAAUGGUGAAAGACGUUAUAAAUGUGCACAAUGUGAAAAGGGAUUUAAUGAUACUAAGUCUUUAUAUAAUCAUGUAUUAUUACAUACUGGUAAAAAACCGUUUGUCUGUGAAUAUUGUAAUAUGAGUUUUAGAAGAAAAGAUUCUAGAGAUCAUCAUCGUAGGAAACAUACUGGUGAACAACCUUAUCAAUGUCCAGAUUGUGGUGAAUCAUUUUCUACUUAUAAUAAUCGAUCUAAACAUCGAAAACGAGAACAUGGCGAAGGUGAUCCUGAAUGUCCUGAAUGUGGGGAAAAAUGUAAUAAUCAACAAGAAAUUAGAAUACAUUUAAAUAAACAUCUAGGAGAAAAAUUAAAAAAAUUACAAAACAAAAUCUGA